AUGGUCGCUAAAAAGAAUGCUGAUGUUUCAACAAACAAUUCCAAUAUCCAACAGGAAGAAAACAAGGAAGAAAAACUUACACCAGAGAAUAAUAGGCAAUAUAAGGCUGUCUUAUAUAAGGCUGCUAAGGGAAAAGGAUAUUAA